GCCCCCGUUCUCUGGAUGGUUUCCUCUUGAUGUCGAUGUCGCAUUUUGCACAAUUUACAGCGUUUGAUGUUUUUCAUAAGAUAUUAGUUUUUCUUUGUAAUGGAUAUGCAGUACAUAGCUGAUGUUUAAAUUAAAACAUUUAUUCGGAAAUUGUCGCGUUUAGCAAAACAGGAAGUUUGAUGUUUUUUCAUCAUCUGUUUGUGUUUCAACACGCAUUAGUGAUGUUAAAACACACGAUACAAAUUCCCGGGCUUUUGAUUUUGCUCAGUUUAUUUUUCAGUAAUUUCAGUUGGGGAUGGUUUCAAAACAACCCGAAGAGCAAAAGCCAUCAGCAGCAGUCUGUGUACAGAGAGACUUUAGACAGCCAGGACCAAAACUGCUUGUGUCAUUUAACAGGUAUAUUGGACGACUGUUUCUGUGAUAUUGAGAGCAUCGACUUCUUCAACAACUUCAAAAUUUAUCCUCGCAUUCGAAAACUCACAGAAAGAGAUUUCUUUCGAUACUACAAGGUGAACCUGAAGCGUCCGUGUCCAUUUUGGCCCGAUGACGGCCAAUGCUCUAUUAAAGAUUGUCAAGUAGAGCCAUGCCCAGAGAGUAAACUUCCAGUGGGGAUCAAAUCCGGCAACUAUAACAAGUUUUCUAAAGCUGCCAACAACAUAAAUGAUGUGACCGAGUGUGAACAGGCUCAUGAGCUGGGUGCCAUCAACAGCACACUCAGUAAUCAGAGUAAAGAGGCGUUUGCUGACUGGGCUAACCAUGAUGAUGCUCAGGAUCAUUUCUGUGCUCUGGACGAUGAAAUGUCUCCUGAGUCUCAGUAUGUGGAUCUACUGCUGAACCCAGAGCGAUACACCGGAUAUAAAGGUCCUUCAGCCUGGAGAGUCUGGAACAGCAUUUAUGAGGAGAACUGUUUCAAACCGAGGUCGGUGUAUCGUCCCCUCAAUCCGUUGGCUCCUGUUCGAGGUGAUGAUGAUGGUGAAGGCUUCUACACAUGGCUGGAAGGUCUGUGUUUGGAGAAAAGAGUUUUUUACCGUCUGAUAUCCGGCCUUCACAGCAGCAUCAACAUCCAUCUGUGUGCUGAAUAUCUGCUGGACGAGGGUUGGGGGAAACCAGUUUGGGGUCCAAAUGUCCAGGAGUUUAAGCAACGGUUCGACCCGGCAGAGACGAAGAGUGAAGGCACGCGCAGACUGAAAAAUCUUUACUUUCUCUACCUGAUCGAGUUAAGAGCGCUCUCUAAAGUCGCUCCGUACUUCGAGCGCUCCUUCAUUAACCUGUACACUGGAAACACAGAAGAGGACACGCUAACUAAAGAACUACUGCUGGAUUUUCUCAAUGAGACCAAAGCGUUCCCCAUGCAUUUUGAUGAGAGCUCCAUGUUUGCAGGUCACAAAAUGGAUGCAAAGAUAUUAAAGGAGGAGUUUCGUCUACAUUUUAAAAACAUCUCUCGUAUCAUGGACUGUGUCGGCUGUAAUAAAUGUCGACUUUGGGGGAAGUUGCAGACACAGGGUCUGGGCACAGCUCUGAGGAUUCUCUUCUCUGAGAAAGAGAUCAAGGAUCUUCCAGAAAACAGCCCAUCGCAAGGCUUUCAGCUCACACGCCAGGAAAUUGUGGCUCUGCUCAACGGAUUCACAAGACUCUCCACCAGUAUAAAAGAGUUACACAACUUCCGGACUCUUCUGAAGGAUCAUAGGUAACACAUCUUCAGGUGGCACCGGCCCAUUGGACUCUGCAAUAGUCUUAUCUUCCCCAGAAUAAGGCCUCUCUCUCUCAGGUACUGCUGGAUUGAUGUUCAGCAGAAACCUUCUCAUUAGAUCACAUCUCAAGCUUUCAUGCUUCAACAGUACAAAACAUACAGAUCACCCAAAACACCACUUAUGAGACGUGCAAGAUCUCGGCUUCCUGCUCUUAAAACUUCAGAAAAAAAGAUUUUGACUAAAGGCAUGUAUGUUAAUUUCUCAUGUUCAGACUGAUUUUGCAUUUUUAUGUUUAUUUUCUACGUUUGUGUUUCAGCUAAAUACAACUGUAGUUUUAUUAUUUUUGAGCUUCAGGAGGUUGAUUAGUAAUAAUGGAAGUGUGGUGUGUGUUUAUCUUGUAUAGACAUUCCUAAAGACUUUUCUGACUAUGGGACCAUAGAAUGAAAGAUAAAAGUUUUGUCAUUUACUUCUUUACUGGUCUCAUAUUCAGAUAAACAGUUUAAUGGAUUGAGAAUCAAGAAUGACGAAUGCCAUUGGUUUUCAGGUGUCAUGUGACCUAACAUUUAUGAUAAACUAUGGUCACUGAUUUGUCCAAUGGAAGAAAGUGACACAGGGUUAAAAAAAAACUUAAAGGGAUAGUUCACCCAAAAAUGACAUUUUUGUCAUUUUUUACUCACAUAUAGUUACAAACCUGUUUACAUUUUUUUUUAUGAUAACGAAGGAAGAUAUUUUAAGGAAUGUUUGUAACCAAACUGAUCAUGAGCCCCAUUCACUUCUAUCGAAGAAAUAAUACUAUGGAAGUGAAUGGGGCUCAUGGUAGUUUUGGGGACAAAGAUUCCUCAAAAUAAUUUCCUCCAUGUUCAUCAAAACAAAGAAAUUAAUACAGGUUUGCAACAACAUAACAUGAGAGUAAGUAAAUGAUGACAGAAUUUUUGGGUGAACUAUCCCUUUAAAUGAUUGUAGUAAGAUGAUGUAAAUGAUUCCAUAAUUUUCCUUUUUGAUUUAACGUUUACUUGAAUGAAAUAUAUGUAGCUUUGAACUGUUACAAGUACAAGCAACAAAUGACAAGCAAUAACAUUUCUGCAUUUAGUCCUGACUGACAGAGACGUCCAUGUAGAGAAAUUCAUAUGCAAAGCCAAAAAAAGAACAGAAUUAGAUUUUUAUUUUGAUGAAGUGAUUUGAAGUACUGUAUUUAUAGUACAUCUGCUUCAAAGAAUAUCUCUUGAAAUUAUUCUCGUCUCUGCAAACGUCAUCUUGAUGUUUUUAUUUCAGCGUACACAUCUGACUUCAACAUAAAGAUGUGUUUCUUUAUUUUUAUUAGUGUUGUGUGUUUGUGUGUUGUGAGAUCACUGAACACUGAAGCUCAGACUUGCUUUACUGUUCAUGCAUUUAUGUGCAUUUUUCUUUUCUGUCUGUUUAUUCUUUGCCUUCUUCAGACUUAAAUAAUUGAUUCCGAUCUAAUGUCUGUUUAAAGUUAAGUAAAGCAGCUAUUUGUGUGUGUGUUGAAGUGAGCACUUUUAUCAACACGUCCAUCUGCCUUAAUAGAGCCGACAUACAGUAAAAUACUGUAAACCUGCUUGUGUCUACUUCUCUUAUGAUUCUCACAUUACUGUAGGAACUACAGGCUGAAUUGACACUGGUUAUGAUAGAUGACAUUUUUAUAUAUAUAUAUAUAUAUUUGGAUUUGGCCGAUGUUGUCCAUCAGAGGAGCAUCAACAUGUUUCUGUAUAAGUGGUAAAUCUCAUGCAUGGUUCAGAUGCAUUAUAAAGAAUCAAAUACAGACAUGUUGAUGGCAAUGCACAGUUUUUGGGGUUAUAUUGAAAUCUGAAAAUAGGAUUUAAUCAUAAACCUGCGAUCUUCUGAAUCAGCCUCACUGGAAGAUGUCAUCCUGGAUUGCCGUUUGCUCAGAAACAUUCAUCUGCCUUUAACAACCAUCAAGACGUUCAUUGCCUGUUUAAUGUGAUUUUAAAAGGACGUUUUUUCAGGCCAAGUUAUAAAAGAUUAAGAUGCUUCUAUACUGUGUGUUUUUGUCCAGAAUAUUUAUUUAAACAGGAAUAAAUCGAUCUGGUUGUUGA